AUGCACACAGACUCUGCUCACAUUUCUCAUUGUCUUCCAUCAGAGAAAGUGACCAAAGUGUGCGCCUCAGACGGCCACUGGUUUCGUCACCCGGAGAGCAACCGUCUGUGGUCCAAUUACACGCAGUGCUCGGCUUACACUAAGCACAAGCUCGAGCUCACGUUAGUCAAUUACUAUCUGGCGAUGGUGGGGCAUGUCCUGUCCAUCAUCUCGCUGCUCAUCUCCAUCUGCAUCUUCUCAUACUUCAAGUGUUUGAGCUGCCAGCGGAUCACGCUUCAUAAAAACAUGUUCACCUCCUUCAUCCUGAACUCGUUCGCCACCAUCGGCUGGUUCUACUUCGUCAUCGGAGAUCAGCGGACCAGAACAGACUCGUCUCAGAUCGGCUGUAAGCUGCUGGCUAGUAUCAUGCAGUACACCUCCUGCUCCAACUAUUUCUGGAUGCUGUGUGAGGGGAUCUACCUGCACACGCUCAUCAUCGUGGCCGUGUUUGUGGGAGAGCAGCAGCUGGGCUGGUAUUACGUCCUCGGCUGGGGUUUCCCAGUGAUCCCUGCUGUCCUGCACGCCGUGGCCCGUCUGCUCUUCCACGACGACAGGUGUUGGAUCAUGAACAUAAAGCUGCUGUACAUCACACAUGGCCCCAUUCACGUCGCUCUGCUGGUGAGCUUCAUCAUCAUCAUCAUCCUCAGUGUUUGUAUUAAAAGUAAUGCAUUACAAUAUUUUACCGAGACCAAUGUCUACAUGAAGGCGGUUCGCGCCACCAUCAUCCUGGUUCCUCUGCUGGGCGCUCAGUUCAUCCUGGUGCCGCUGGAGCCCAGCGGACGCGUCGCUCUAGCCGUCUACGAGCUCUUCAUGAACAUCUUUGUGCAUUUCCAGGGCCUCCUGGUGGCCAUAAUCUUCUGCUUCUAUAAUGGAGAGGUGCAGUCGGCACUGAGGCGUAAGUUUGCGCAGUAUCGCGGUCAGCAGAAGCGCUGGCCUCUGGUGACCACUGACUCUCACUGUAACUACCACACCAACUCGUCCAUCACCGAGACCAGCCGCGUCACCAUCAGCCUGGAGCACGACCCGGCCAACACGAGCGGCACCGCGCACGCACUCAACAGCCAGAGCAAUGGCAAACGCUGCUCCAGCGACGGGCCCAAGAGCUGCGACAUCCUCGAGUCGACUGAAAUAUGAGCGUCUGUCUCAUCAUACGCACUAAUGCCACCAACGCUACAGUGCAUUCCCAGCUAACAAACAUGUGCUAAGAACGUUUUGCUAAUGUUUC